AUGUCUUCUUCUUGGUCUUUGACUUGCAUGCUUGUCUUGUUGUUUGCCCUAGCAAUCAGAAAAAUCCAUGCACGAGAACCACUCCCUAGUCCUCCCACAAAUUUCCAACCACUUCCUCCUAGCAGGAACUUCGAAGUGCACAUCAUCAAAGGUUUCACAAAUGACAGUGUAGCAGGAAGAUGCUCUUCUCUACGCCAUCAAUUCAGAGCUAAUUUUACGCUAGUCGAUUUGCAUGACCAAUUUCAGUGGCAUUUUAGGCUUAGGAUGGAGAGGCAUGUUCGUGUUGUUUACGAUUGCGUGGUGGCCAAGGGUUUCGAUGAGCGUAAGACUUUCAGAGCGUUCGAUCAAGCUACGGAUACUGAAAAUCGACGGUGUGGACGAACUGGGAAGUGCUUUUGGGAGCUCAAGGAUGAUGGUAUCUAUUUUGCUAAUGAUAAUAGUACUUGGACUAAAGAGACGGGUUGGGAUGCUACUUUUCCGCCUAUGGAUCCAAUUAGUACUCCAAAGUAA